AUGUCUUCUGUCGCGGACAUGGAGCAUCUUUUUCCGCCGCGUCAACAGACAGAGCAGCACUCGAAGAAAGACUACCUGUCAGUCACUGACAACCGGACUGGCCGCUCAUACAGGAUUCGUAUCGCACAGAAUUCCAUCCUAGCCACAGACUUCCACGACAUCAAGUCCCCGCCCAAUGCGGAGAAUCCAGUUGAGCAAAACGAUGCAGGAAUCCGGGUCUUUGAUCCCGGCUUUCAGAAUACAGCAUGUAUGGCAUCCGAAAUCACUUAUGUUGACGGGAAUGCGGGCGAGAUCGCUUACAGAGGCUAUCGCGUCACCGACCUGUUUCACUCCGGAAGGCCGUUCGAACAUGUUGCUUUCCUUUUGAUCUUCGGCCACCUCCCAAAUGAUUCAGAAGCAACAGCAUUCAACAGGUCGAUUGCCACUUCCGAGAUGCCACCUCAGAACAUCUUUGACAUGAUCAACAAUCUGCCACCGGAAACACACGCCACAACAGCCAUUUCCGCCGCGCUCACCAUGUACGCAGCUUUGCGUCCAAAAAAGAUCCCAGCACACCGCGGUGAAAACCUUUACCAGAACAACCUCCCCGCCGUAGACAAAGAGAUUUCACAGUGCCUCCUCAUCUCCUCCGUCGUCGGGGCAGCGAUAUUCUGUCGUCUCCACGGCCGCGACUUUGCACCACCACAACCCUCUUACUCAUAUACAGAGAACAUUCUACACAUGAUGAGGUUUGUGGAUGCAGAAACAGGACGGCCCGAUGAUCGAGUCGUCAGUCUCUUAAAUCGCACCAUGAUACUCAUGGCCGACCAUGAGAUUACCAGUUCCGCCUCAGUCCUCCUCAAUACGGCAUCGGCACUAGCUGACCCUUUCUCCUGCUGCGCCGCCGCAGCGCUUUCUGGUAUCGGUAUCUUACACGGCGGUGCUAUUGAGGUCGCUUACAAGCAACUCGAAGCUGUGCGUGACGUGAGCCAGGUUCCAGCAUUGAUCGAAGAUGUCAAGGCCCACAAGAGGCGGCUAUUCGGGUAUGGCCAUAGGAAAUGGAAGCUUGCAGAUCCACGGUCAGUCCUCUUUCGCGAGCUGAUUUCUGAAGCCAUGGAAGGCAACGAGUCUCUGAAAAACGAUCAUCAUCUUGCUAUCGCACUCGAAAUCGACCGCGUUGCAUCCCAGGACAAAUACUUCCAGGAACGCAAACUGUGUGCCAACGCAGACCUGUUUCUGAGUUUUGCAUACAAGGCCAUGGGCAUUCCUGUUGACUUUAUCCUCCCCAUGACGAUCCUGAAUAGGAACCCCGGCUAUUUGGCACAUUAUCGGGAAGCAAUGGCCGUUCCUAAGCCUUGCAUGUGGCGGCCACUUCAGAUCUAUGUCGGAGAGAAUCCGGGACGCAUGCUUGAUCGUGCUUCCGAGCAGGAAGACGACCAAAGUCCUGAAAAGAAGCAAGACCAUGAUUCCAAGGUGGUCAACAGAGUUGUCAAAAACGGGCAGCUGCGAGACGUCUACAGAGAUAAUAUCCUAAUCAACCUCGUGUUUUCAUUCGGCCCUAUGAAGGGCACGAACGUGCUUGUUUGGACCAUAUGUUACGCAACUUGA